AUGACGGGAGAACAUGAGCACGGCCACCAUCCAGCCCAUUUGAAGCACAGCCAUGCUCACGAAGAGGCCAUUCCUGGAACUGUGAAUUUGCAAGCUCAAGAGGGCGAUGAUACCGGUUACGGUCAAGCUCUGUUUCCCGUGCCAGCAGACGAUCCCAACGACCCGCUACAAUGGGGCAACUUCAAGAAGACAAUGAUUCUGUGCAUCUGCGCAGCGUAUUCUUUCUUGGGGAACUCGUCCUUGCUCGGCCCUUCGGUCUACAUUGGCAUCUAUGCGGAAUCGUUCGGGAUUGACCCCAAUAAGGCUUCAAACCUGAUCUCCUAUCCCAACCUGGCCUAUGGCUUUGGGUCCUUGCUUCUGGUACCCGCCUAUCUCAAAUUUGGCCGACGCCCUGUCAUGCUCGUUUCCAUCAUCUUUUUUGCUGUUGGCCUGAUCGGCUGCUCUCAAUGCGACUCAUAUGGCACUCUAAUGGCAUGUCGCAUCAUUCAUGCGUUUGGUUCUGGAGUAUGUGAGGCUCUGCCCGUGCAGCUUGUCAAUGACAUUUUCUUCCUUCACGAACGUGGCCAAAGGUUGGGCUACUACACCGUUUGCCUCUGCCUGGGUGCCACCGGACCUUUAUAUGCUGGCUACAUGCUUGCGGGAGGCUACUCGUGGCGGCUAUUCUUCUACGUCGAGUUCGCCUUCGCGUGCGCUCUGUUCAUCCUGGCUUUCUUCUUUGUCGAAGAAACCUGGUACAAGCGUGAGGAGAUGAAGAGAAUCCUCGGAGCGGCCGUUGAGGCUUCUCCGAUCGAGAAAGGUGUUGGGGCCGACUUGCACGAGGUUUCAAGCCCUGCGCCGGACAGGAAGUCAUUUGUUUCUACGCUCAAGCUGUGGGGCGUGUACGACCGUGAUGUCUCGUUCUUCAUGACUGCCGCCCGGUCUUUCACAUAUUUCGCCGUUCCAUCUGUGUUCUGGGUGGUUUCGACAUAUGGUAUCUACAUUGGUCUGGGGGCUUUGGCAUUCAACUACACUUUCCCUGCUAAGAUUGUUGCCCCCCCUUACAAUUGGAGUCAGACUAAUUCCGGCUUGAUCGCCGUUGGCAAUGCCCUCGGAUACAUCCUCGCCAUCCCCUUCACCACGUCAUCCGACCGACUGGCUGCGUAUCUGACCAAGAAGAACAAUGGGAUCCGCGAGGCUGAAAUGCGUCUGGGUGUUCUCCUGCCUGCCAUGCUGAUUGGGCCGGCCGGCCUGAUCGUGUAUGGGUACACAGCGCAGGAUAAUCUGCAUUGGAUCGGCUACUUUGCGGGUGUGGCCAUGUGCAACUGGUCGGCGUACUUCUACUUCACCUUCACCCUUGCCUACGCGGUUGACAGCUACACGGUCAAUCUGUCCGAGAUGCUCAUUGCCAUGAACCUGGGCAAACAGGCCAUCUCAUUCGGCUUUGGCUUUAAGAUCCUCGACUGGAUCCUCGAGAGCGGCUACGUCACUAUCAUCGCCGGCGUCUUCUGCGGCGUCCUGAUGGCCAACAACCUCAUGCUCCUGGUGUUCAUGUUCUUUGGCAAGAAGAUCCGCAUCGCUACCAGCAAGACCUGGCUGGCCCAGAUGCAUCGCAAGACUCAUGUCGUGGGAGAAUCACAUUAA